AUGUCACCACCCUGGGCAUUCGAAGUUAUUCUCGGGAGCUGCGUUCUUUUAGGUACAGUCUACUGUGGAUCAUUUUGUGGGCCAAGUAGGAUGUUUGCGUGUGUACCUACGCGCUUUUGUUCCGAAACCCGCAGCAUACCAUCAAAUCCUGCUGCUUAUUACAAUAGGCAAUGCUUCUCAUUUGAAACUUGCUGUGAUCUUAACAAGGUCAUUUUUGGGAAGCGUUACAGUGGAGGGCAAUUCCUGCCAGGUCCCUACGAUCAAAGUGUUUACACCAGUGAGCCUGUCAAUAACACAGGUGGAAAAACGUCCACAACAUAUAAUCAUCCACCUAACAACACCGGCGGAAAAACAUCUACAAUAAUUGGUGAAAAAAGUGUAACACCUAAUACAGGAAAAACUGCUACCAGUUAUAACCCAGAACAGACUGCCCCGGAAAAACUGCUACAAUUUAUAAUCACGGUGUUAGUGGCGGCAGUAGUGCAGUUAAUAAUGGAGGAAAAACGUUUCCAACUUAUAAUACUGUAA